AUGACAAACACAAAAGGAAAAAGGAGAGUAACAGGAUAUAUGUUUUCUAGGCCCUCUGGAAAACGUGGUAUUGUCCCUUUGGCUACGUAUAUGCGAAUAUACAAGACAGGUGAUAUUGUAGCUAUCAAGGUGUCCUCGGAUAAUCCCGCCCACCACAAACUCGGGAAUUCGCUCUAUCCGCUGCCGGCUCCUCCCCGAGGUCUUCCUACUCUAAGUGGGCUGGCCCAGAGGCACGGAACUAUAAACGCCGCUCGCUGCCUGGGUCGGUAUCUCUUGACCACUCUUGGCCACCGCUCCUCUGACCAAUCGGAGGGUCCCUGGAAGCUACCAUCGCCCCGCCCUGCAAGACUGAUGGCUCUCAAGAAAGCACUGAUAGUUCUGGCUCAUUCGGAGAAGACAUCCUUCAAUUAUGCCUUGAAAGAGGCGGCUAAGGAGGCUCUAAAGAAGAAAGGCUGGGAUGUCACAGUGUCGGACCUGUAUGCCAUGAAUUUUAAUCCAUUGAUCUCCAAAAAUGACAUCACAGGUGGCCUAAAGGACCCUGACAACUUUAAGUAUCCAGUUGAAUCUGUGCAGGCUUACAAGGAGGGGCGACUGAGUGCAGACAUUGUCGCUGAACAGAAGAAGCUAACAGAUGCAGAUCUUGUGAUAUUUCAGUUUCCACUGCAGUGGUUUGGGUUGCCUGCUAUCCUGAAGGGUUGGUUUGAGAGAGUUUUCAUCGGAGAAUUUGCCUAUUCCUACGCCACCAUGUAUGACAAAGGACCCUUUAAGAACAAGAAAGCUGUGCUCUCCAUCACCACUGGAGGGUCUGGUUCUAUGUAUUCACUGUUCGGUGUCCACGGGGACAUGAAUGUCAUUCUCUGGCCAAUCCAGAGUGGCAUUUUGUAUUUCUGUGGUUUUCAAGUCUUGGAACCCCAGCUUAUCUACAGCAUUGGGCAUACUCCAGCAGAUGAACGGCUUCAGAUCCUAGAAAGAUGGAAAAAACGCCUGGAAAACAUCUGGGAAGAGAAGCCACUGUUCUUUGCUCCAAGCAGCAACUUUGAUCUGAACUUUCAGUCAGGAUUCUUGCUGAAAAAGGAAGUUCAGGAAGAAGAGAAAAAAAAGAAAGUUGGGCUUUCUGUUGGCCACCACUUUGGCAAAGGCAUCCCGACUGACAACCAAAUCAAAGCCAAGAAAUAGGACAAUACAAAACUUAUUUUCUUCUAAGAAUUUAUCUAAUUAACUUUUAAUUUUUAAAGUCUUUUCAACCUGAUUCUUUAGAACUCCCCCUCCUCUAUUUUUGGAGAUUGAGUGAGGACAACCGUUCAGUGGCACUCAAAAGCUGUUACACACUUUUUUGUAUUUGAAUUCUUAACUCCAGCAGAUUGUAAGAAUGGGUUGGGUAAUCCUAAUGUAGUUCCUAAUUCUUUUUGUUACUGGAUUUUACCUAUACAGUGUGUCAAACACUGGAGAUUAAGUAGAAUUUUUAUUGUUGCAGAACAAGAGUUGAAAUGUAUGCACAACAGAACAUUGCAUAUGUAUUUUAAAAUAAAAAAGUUUAUUCACA